GAGAGGGGUGUGAGGAGGAGGAGGAGGGCUGGGGUUGUAUUUCAAGGCGUGGUGUUGAAGAAUAGUUGGCCAACCGGUGAAUGGAAGUUUUCUCUGAGAGGAGGAGGAGGAGGCGGCUCCUCGCAAAACUUUACACCGACUUCAGCUCGCCCCUCCCCGGCCACCGCCACGCAUUUAUACCCAAAGCAAAAAGGUCUGGAGCUCACAGUGAAGCACUCUGGCUCAGCGCUUCUCGAGGGGAGGACAUAAACAACUCAACAUUUACAAAACUAUCCCCCCUUUUUUUCUCCUCCUCUCCUCUUCUUUUUCAUUCUUUUAAAGCUGCAACAUUUAAAAACUUUAAAAAAAAAAAGUUCCUCAACCAAAAACCAGUCGUGGCACAAACUAACUUUUCCGCACGGCGCAUCCAAGGAUCCUGGUCGGUCCUCCAUGAAAGAGGGAGUGAGGCAGCAAACUUGGGGAAAAGACAUGUCUGCUACAGUCUUGUCUGCGUUUUACGACAUGGACUUGCUUUACAAGCAAGAUAAAAGCAUGAACAUGAACGCCCUCCACAUCAACAGCAUGCUGGAUAAGAAGGCAGUGGGAGCUCCGGUGACGUCUCCAGGCUCCGGUGGAGGUGGCGGCGGCGGCGGCUCCUUCACGCCGGGAUUUUUCCGCAGAAACUCAACCAGCAACGUGGAGGCGAUGAACAACGGCAACAAAUACUCUCAAAUGAGCUCCUACAGCAGCCUGAUAAAGGAGAACAUGCCGAGCAUGAACAGCAGCAGCAACAGCUCCACCACCACGGCUCUCAUGAACAAGGAGAACAAGUUCCGCGACCGGGCAUACAGCGACAACAGCGGAGGCGAUCAGCGGGGCGUUCUGCAGCAGAAGCCCGGCUCUCAGAUCAACUCCACCCGCUACAAGACGGAGCUGUGCCGGCCCUUCGAGGAGAACGGUUCGUGCAAGUACGGCGAGAAAUGUCAGUUCGCUCACGGCUACCACGAGUUGAGGAGCUUGUCAAGACACCCUAAAUACAAAACGGAGCCAUGUCGCACCUUCCAUACUAUCGGUUUCUGCCCGUACGGUCCGCGGUGUCACUUCAUCCACAACGCCGACGAGAGGCGGCCAGCUCCGGCUAACAACGCCAACAUGACGGCGGCAGGAGAGUCGCGCUCCGGCGGCGGCUACCAGAGAGAGAGUUUGAUGCAGCAGCAGCUCGGCAGCUACAACCGCGACAGACCAAAGCUCCACCACAGCCUCAGCUUCUCCGGCUUCUCCACCCACCACGGCCUGGAGUCGCCUCUGCUGGACAGCCCCAUGUCCCGGACUCCACCGCCGCACACCAACUCCUCCUGCACCUCCACCUCCAGCUUCUACGAGGAGGUGAUGUCUCCUAACUCCUGCAUCAACAGUGCCUUCAAUUUCCCCGGACAGCAGGACUUAAAAGCCUUACUGGCACCCCUGGCUGUGCACACUUCCAGCGGGUAUAACAACCACCUGCACUCCUCCUCCACCACCUCCACCUACUACGGGAACAUGCAGAGCACCGUGUGUCCUCCGUCUCCUCCGACCUACAACAUGAGCCACUUGCAGGCGCUGCGUCGCCUUAACGAGUCGCCGGUGUUCGAGCCUCCUCCCAGCCCGCCAGACUCGCUCUCUGACAGGGAGAGCUACGCGAGCGGGUCCCUCAGCUCUUCCGGGAGCCUCAGCGGCUCCGAGUCCCCGAGUUUGGACGCUGGAAGACGGUUGCCAAUCUUCAGCAGGCUGUCGAUUUCUGAUGACUAAUAAUUUUUUUUUUUUUUUUUUUUUUUGGAUUUAUGGAUUGGUCAGGCAGGGGUGAUCCACACACCCCAAUUUCAGCACCCUGCCGAAGUGCCUUUGAGCAAAGACAUUGAAUCCCAAACCAGCUCCAAUGGGUGCUGACCUUUGACCUCCCUGGAGGGGAGCAGAGAACAUCACCCACAGGGAUCAAUAAAGCUUCAGUUUAAAGUGACCUGGCAUUAGACAUUUAGUUUUUUUUUUUUCAUUGUAUAUGUAAUAUAGCUGUAUUAAAAACUUAGAUAGCAAACAGAAGGCAUUCCAUCAGUGCCUUGCCCGAGGGCUCACGGCAGCCCCCUCUCUUUCUCCCUUUUUUGCUCUAUCAGGCAAGCCACACUUUUUCCUGGGAUUAGAUGUGUGUGGGUAUAACAUGACUUGACAAGAAGAAGAGACUGUAAGCGGUUUUUCAGAUUUCCUCCCAUCCUGCCAAGAAUAUGCCUUUGACUCAAAGUAACAUGUUUUUUUUUCUUUAUCAUGUUUUUUUUUUUUUUCCUCUCUCUGAAAAAGCUUCAACUUCCAUUCCAGAUCUGUCUCCUCCCAGCGCCACCCAGUGGUCCGAUCGGUUAGUCUAUAGCGUGUUGCUUGGAUAAAAAAGCACUCUUGAGUUGGGUUUGUUUGGGGAAAUCACUGCUGAUGGUUGAAUAUAUAUUUUUUUAGCUGUUUUUUGAGUGAUUUACAUAGCUGUGCAUAACUGGCUAUGGACUAUUUAACUUAUUUAUUAUCUUGUGAAAAAAGUAUAGGCUACAUUGGUAAUUUGUGUCCAUACUGUAUUUAUCAAGUAUGAUGAAGCAAUAGAUCUAUAUUCUUUUAUGUUUAAAUUAUGAUCGCCAUUAUUAAUCUGCAUAAAGUGGAGUGUAUGUUCUUUUCACAGUAAUAUAUAUAUUGUUUUUGUUUCUCCUUUUUUUUUUUUUUGUAACUUCACUCGGUUAUUUUUAUUGUAAAUGAGUUAAAAAAAAAUCUUAAUUUAAGAGUAUGUGAUAUUUAUUUCAUUAAUUUUGUUUCCUUGUUUACGUUUAUUAAAAAAAAAAAGUUUGAUUGCUGUUGGAGGUUGUGUGUCAGUGCUGUAGAAGGCUUUUUUUUUUUUUGAGGAUCCCUAUUUAGAUGUUUCUGUAGAAUGUAUAAACAAUGUGGUUGUACAGACCGUCCAAACCUUACUUCUUUUGUUGAUCUAGAUCAGACUUCAGUGACAAAGAACCCAAGUCAAUAAAUUAACCAAAAAGUAUUUUUGUUUUUUCUCUGUUUGCACGAGGUCACACUGUGAUUCCAGCCACGUGCUAAAGAAUGUAGCAAUGCCCCAGUAUUAUUGUGUAGUGCCUAUAUGGGGUUCACCAUCUUGACAUGCCUUAAAAUUAACCAAAUAAAGUAUUUUUCCUACAUGGCAUCUUUUAUACACAGGUUGAACUGAAUGUAGUGUAUUUUUUUAAAGGUUGUUACCACUCAGACACUCUGACAAAAACAACCGUAACCUUUCUAAACCCCCAUUCCUCUUUAUUAUUAUUUCCUUUUUUGCUCUGUUUUUCUUUUUUUUAUAUCUAUAUAUUGAGAUCUAGUCUUGAGUUUGCUGGAGAGGGAAGUGGAUGAACACGUUUGGUUUGUACAUAGUAGGUACAGGGGGAUGCGCACUAUGUACUUUUGACUACUUUAUCAGAAGUAAAGCUUUUUGAAUGUAACAAAAAACGGACAAAAAGACAACGAGAGUUGUGAUAUUUUCUUUGGGGAGUCAGUUCACUACAAAUUGAGUGUGAGACUGUUAACUUUGUACUGUACAUUUUUGUAGUUCUCCCAAUAAAAAUCAUUUUGGAAAAGCUUCA